AACACAACCAUCUUCUCUUCUCUUCUCUCCUCUCAUAUUACUAUCAAACUCUUUCAAUUCAUCUAUUAAUUCUCCAUAUAUAUAUACAUGGCUUCAUCAAAAGUAGUAGUGCUUGUUGUUCCCUUACUUGUGAUGAGCUUUUGCAUGGUGUCAUGUUGGGGUGGUAACUUCAACAAAGACUUUCAGAUAACAUGGGGCGAUGGUCGUGCUAAGAUACUCAACAACGGGAAUCUGUUGACCCUGUCCCUUGACAAAGCCUCUGGCUCUGGUUUCCAGUCCACCAACGAGUAUCUGUUUGGCAAGAUCGACAUGCAACUCAAACUUGUCCCUGGAAACUCUGCUGGCACCGUCACUGCCUAUUAUCUAUCAUCAAAAGGAGCGACAUGGGAUGAGAUUGACUUUGAGUUCUUGGGGAAUUUGAGUGGCGAUCCUUACAUCCUUCACACCAAUGUCUUCAGCCAAGGCAAGGGUAACAGAGAACAACAAUUCUACCUUUGGUUUGACCCAACCGCAGAUUUUCACACUUAUUCUAUCCUCUGGAAUCCUCAACGCAUUGUAUUCUCCGUGGAUGGAACCCCUAUAAGGGAAUUCAAGAACUUGGAAUCAGCUGGUGUUCCGUUUCCAAAGAACCAACCAAUGAGAUCUAUUCAAGUCUGUGGAACGCAGAUGAUUGGGCUACAAGAGGUGGACUUGUUAAGACUGAUUGGUCGAAAGCUCCAUUCACUGCUACCUACAGAAACUUCAAUGCCAACAAUGCAUGCAUCUGGAAGAACGGAAGAUCAUCAUGCAAGAGUUCCUCAUCAUGGCUGUCACAGGAGCUUGAUUCAACGGGUUUGCAGAGGCUGA